UGAGUUCUAUCUGUACCACUCCACAGCGCUGCAGAGCAAGUCAGGAAUGACUGUCCAAAGCCUGCUCCGAGGAGCGUCAUUUGCCAUUCUGGCUGCGAUUCGGUUGCCCCGCGGGACCGCUGCCGCCGCCGAUGACCUCCUCGCUCGCCCGCAGCCGCUGAGGACCCCCGGCGUCCCCGCCAGGGCAGGGGAUGACAGAUCGGCCUCCCGCAGCCCCGUCCAGCGCAGCCCGCCGCACCGCAACCUCGGCCGCCGCCGCCCGCCGGAGCCGCCGCCCCAGAGGAGCCGCAAAAUGAACCCCCAGUGCGCCCGCUGUGGCAAAGUGGUCUAUCCCACCGAGAAAGUCAACUGCCUGGACAAGUACUGGCAUAAAGGAUGUUUCCACUGUGAAGUUUGCAAAAUGGCUCUGAACAUGAAUAACUACAAAGGAUAUGAAAAGAAACCUUAUUGCAAUGCACAUUACCCAAAGCAGUCCUUCACUACAGUGGCUGAUACACCAGAAAAUCUUCGCCUGAAGCAACAAAGUGAAUUGCAAAGUCAGGUAAAAUACAAAAGAGACUUUGAAGAAAGCAAAGGAAGAGGGUUCAGUAUUGUGACCGAUACGCCCGAAUUACAAAGACUGAAAAGGACUCAGGAACAAAUCAGUAAUGUAAAAUAUCAUGAAGAUUUUGAGAAGACAAAGGGAAGAGGCUUCACCCCAGUGGUAGAUGAUCCUAUAACAGAGCGUGUACGAAAAAACACCCAAAUUGUGAGUGAUGCAGCAUACAAAGGUGUGCAUCCACAUAUUGUUGAAAUGGACAGAAGACCUGGAAUAAUUGUUGAUCUUAAAGUUUGGCGCACAGAUCCUGGCUCCAUCUUCGACAUUGAUCCUCUGGAGGACAAUAUUCAGUCUAGGAGUCUGCAUAUGCUUUCUGAAAGAGCAAGCCGUUACAGUAAGCAGUAUUUACAUUCUACCAGUCUGGGAGAUUAUAAGUCAGAUGGCUCUGACACGAACCCUACCUUUUCUUACUGCAGUGAGAUAACAAGGCCAUCUGAUGAAGGAGCCCCUGUUCUCCCUGGGGCAUAUCAACAAAGCCAGACUCAAGGAUAUGGAUACAUGCACCAGACCAGUAUGUCAUCCAUGAGGUCCAUGCAUUCACAGCCUCAUUCAGCAAGUCUGAGAACAUACAGAGCUAUGUAUGACUACAGCGCUCAAGAUGAAGAUGAAGUUUCCUUCAGGGAUGGUGAUUAUAUCAUCAAUGUGCAACCAAUUGAUGAUGGCUGGAUGUAUGGUACUGUUCAGAGAACUGGGAAAACAGGAAUGCUUCCAGCAAAUUAUAUUGAGUUUGUUAACUAAUUUUUGUCUCUUGUCCUUUGAGCUUUAUUAUGAUUUACUUAAAAUCUAACCUUUUAGAAAAAAAAUCAGAAGAAUCUUUUAAGAGUUCAUGAUCAUUACUUUAUCACUGCUAUAACAGUUGCAUUCUCACUCAGAAUCCAUUUUAGAGUCCUUUAAAGAAAUGAUAAAUAAUCCACAAGAAGCUCAGAGCUUUGAAAACAGCAUUGCUUAUAAUAGUGCUCUCUCAAAGUGACAAAACAUAUGUGGAAGCCUGGUGCUGCCAGUCCUAUAAAAACUUUGGUCAAUUAACUGUAAAGGGGUAAUGCCUUUUCCUUACACCUCAAAGAUGUUAUAACCAUAAAAUUGAUUCACUUCUUAUGGCACUCUGAAGUCAAAGGAGGUUAACACACUGAGUUUGAACACAUCUUCAAAUUAUUACGGAAACGUUUAAUGUUUAAGCAGUUAGCUUCCUAAUAAAAAUUAAUAUGUUGAGUAGAUAAUUCAGUCAUUUGAAAUAAAGACAAGUAACAUGCCAAUAAAAAAAAAUCCAAUAAAACUCCCUACUGCCCAGCAGCCUUACAGUAAAUGUGUCCAUUUUGACAACAAAAAUCUCCUGACUCUUGCAUAUCUACAUUUAUUCUUGGAUUACCCAUUUUUUCUUAUUUCCAAGUGAUCUAUUAGCUUUGCUUCCAUCAUAAUCCAUCAAUUAAAUCCAGGUCUAGAUUAAUGGUUCUUCAGUAUCUUUUCCACAGGAGAUCCCUUGCAAAGACUAUCUAAAAUAUAAAACCCGUCAGCUCUUCUGUUUCCUUGUAAUAAUACUUAACAUUUAAAUAGAAACUUUCAUUAGGGCAACGUACAACCAGUACUCCAUGUUAGCUCCUUGACCUUCACCUGUAGUGCUGUAAAUAAACUCCCACGUGCGGCCCCGGCGCUGUGCAGUCCCCAGAGCCUGCAGUCACAUCCCCUUCUCACCACAGGUAACUCGCUUUAUGGCUGCUUUGCUGAUGAGCUGAUGUCCCUCCCCUGCUGCAGAAACACUUGUGCCUCCAUCGAGCAGUGGAGGAGAGCUCUGGUUCUUGUAGUGCAUUUCAGAUCAAUGGCCUGUUGCUUCAGUUUGCUCCCAAAUUCCUGGUGAUCCAACAGUGGGUUGUACGCUUCCAAAUGAUUAAUGAUGGAGAAGAAUUAUGUUCUCUUUUAGUGACUUAAUCUUUCUCAAAACUGACAUUGAAGGGAAAGCUAACUAAGCAAAAUCCAACAUGCCCUAUGCCAUUAUGUUUCAGUUUAGCCAUCUGUGGAAAACAGUAAGAAUAUUCUGCUGACAAACCUUCAUAUGUGCUGUUUGGUGUCUCUUAACUUACAGCCAGAACUGAGAGAUCCAGGUCUCAGUCUGUGAAGCUGGGAGAGGAUCUAACAGCUGGUGACACAGUGGAUCAGUAUGAGGGAUUUUGUCAGCUGGCUUGGGUCACAGGCAACGUGUUUUUGCUUUGACUGGGUGCUGCAUUCCCUCACAGGGAGAAAUCGUGAAAGGAAGGACAAAAGAGUUAAAGACUCAUGUGAGAAAUUAUUUAUGUGGGUACAGAAAUGUGUAAGGAAAAAAAUGUUUUUCUGAUAAAAUAAUUUGUGGAGUUCAGCCAUGUGCUAAGGAAGUUAACUUUGGAGUAGCCCUCAGAAUAUUGAGUCUGCACUGGCUUUCUUUCAUUUCUAAAAUUUUUAAAGUAGAAUUAUAUAUAGAACUUUUAGGCAAUUUUGUACUUCUCAUCUCACAUAGCAGGAAACCCUGCAAUAACUAUUUAAAAAUUAAAUAAGGAAGGCAGUAUGGAUUUGUUAUGUCAACUGAAAGUUGUCAGUGCGAAUCCCUGUAAAUUCUAUUUUUGCAUACGGUUUUUGCAUACAAUUUCCAAAGAAUUGGUAAGCUUAUGCAAUUUUAUUUUGGGUCCUUGCUAACACAGGGAUGAUACCAGCUGCCAAGCAGAAUGGAAUGACUGCAUUAAAAAAGAAAUUUAAAAAUGUCCAUGACUGUGGAAUUACCUGUGCUUUCUUGUCAGCAGCCUAAUUUCAAGGCUAAAGCUGCCCAGGAGGAUCCAACUUCAAAAAAAUGUGUUUUAAAAGUAGAAUUCCUUGACUGUAAACAUGUAAUUCGUAUAGUUGACUGCUGUGAUUUAAAAUUCUUGCAGGUUUUGCAUAAGGAGCUGCUCUUGUAGCAGAUCCUUGUGCAUUACUGGUGACAUCUACAUGAAAUCAGCAAGUCAAAUGGUGUUUUUAAAGCUGAUGUGGUAUGCUGAGCUAGAAGCUCUGAAAUGAGCAGUUUGCUUCUGUGUUGGUUUUCAGCACUGGCCAUCAACAGCGAGGAGAGGAAUUCCAUCUUCUGCUGGCUGGCAAAUUUUUCAGAUGAUGCCUGAGGCACAGCUGGCUGUCACUUGCUGCUGUGCUGCUCUAUUAGCUGUGCAAUGCCGGCAACAAUAAAAACAGGGUGUCAGUUUGCUAACAAAAUAUGAAUAAAAAAGAAAUAUAGAGAAUA